AGCCCUCUUUGACUACGACCGGACCCGGGACAGUUGCUUGCCCAGCCAGGGGCUCAGCUUCUCCUACGGGGACAUUCUGCAUGUCAUCAAUGCCUCCGACGAUGAGUGGUGGCAAGCCAGGCUUGUCACGCCCCACGGCGAGAGCGAGCAGAUUGGGGUCAUCCCCAGCAAGAAAAGGGUGGAAAAGAAGGAGAGAGCGCGGUUGAAAACAGUGAAGUUCCACGCCAGGACUGGCAUGAUUGAGUCCAACAGGUCGAUCAAAACGAAACGUAAAAAGAGUUUCCGCCUCUCUCGAAAGUUUCCAUUUUACAAGAGCAAAGAGAACCUGGCCCAGGAGAGCGGCGGACAGGAACAGGGAGUGACAUCAAACACCAGUGACAGCGAGAGCAGUUCCAAAGGACAAGAAGACACCAUCCUGUCGUAUGAGCCAGUGACGCGGCAAGAGAUUCACUAUGCGAGGCCGGUGAUCAUCCUGGGGCCGACAAAGGACCGAAUUAACGAUGACCUCAUCUCCGAAUUCCCACACAAGUUUGGUUCCUGCGUGCCCCACACUACCAGGCCUCGACGCGAGAACGAGGUGGACGGACAAGACUACCACUUCGUUGUAUCCCGUGAACAGAUGGAGAAGGACAUCCAGGACAACAAGUUCAUAGAGGCUGGGCAGUUCAAUGACAAUCUCUACGGGACCAGCAUUCAGUCAGUGCGGGCAGUGGCGGGGAGGGGGAAACACUGCAUCUUGGAUGUGUCUGGCAAUGCUAUCAAGAGGUUGCAACAAGCACAACUUUAUCCCAUUGCCAUUUUCAUCAAACCAAAAUCCAUUGAAGCUCUCAUGGAGAUGAACCGGAGACAGACGUAUGAACAGGCCAACAAGGUCUUUGACAAAGCCAUGAAACUCGAGCAAGAGUUUGGAGAGUAUUUUACAGCCAUCGUACAAGGAGACUCUCUUGAAGAGAUUUACAGCAAAAUCAAACAGAUCAUUGAGGACCAGUCUGGGCACUACAUCUGGGUCCCGUCCCCAGAGAAACUCUGA